AUGAAGGACACUUCUGUAGGGCCCAUUGGCAUCAACAUGCAUGCACUCAUGACAUUUAAGAAUAACCAUCAUGACCACAAGCAAAAAGUGGAAGCCAUGAUUAAGAACAUUAAUACAAUUUCUUUGGAGGUGAAGAAGAUGAAAGAACUCUCCCAGAUCCUGCUCUGUGACCUCAAUCUUCAUUUUGGUCAGCCGAAGAAGAUGAAGGACCCCAAAGAGGCAGAAACAAGUCACCUAUUUGAGGAGCCUGAGAUUCCAGAUGGAGCACUUGCUUCUAUCAGUUUAUCUGACUGA